AUGUCGAUACAUCAGGUGGAGUCUCAGCACAGUGCAGAAUGCUGGUCUUGUGGGUCCGCACACGGGGAUGACACCUUGUUCUUCUGCAACCAAUGUGGGGCCAUUCAGGCAGCAAGCGACACCGCUGAUUACUUCCAGCUGCUGGGCGUAGAGCCAACUUUCAUGGUGAAUCUUCCGGUGAUUGAGGGGAAGUACAAGGCCCUGCAAAGAAAGCUCCAUCCAGACAUGUAUGCGACGAAGCAAAAGGUCGAGCAAGACUUCUCAGCGGACCAGUCUUCGCUGGUAAACAAGGCCUACGCUACUCUGGUCAAUCCGCUUUCCAGAGCGAUUUAUCUGCUCCGACUAAGGGGCAUCGAAGCGGGCGACGGGGAAGAAGGGACAAUGUCAGACUUCGAGCUUCUGAGCGAGGUAAUGGAGAUUCGUGAGGCGAUUGAGGAGGCGGAAGACAUAGGAGGUCUGCAGAAGCUGCACCAGGAGAAUGCGGAGAAAAUGCGCCAGAGCGGGGCUGCGUUCGCCGCAGCUUUGCAAGCCGGAGAGCUGCAGCAAGCCCUCGAAUGGGUGCAUCGGAUGACAUAUUGGGACAGAAUCGAUAAAGAGAUCACUCGGAAGUUGUAGACUUGGGGUCUGCAAGCCACAGUCCGUCAGGUCAGAAUGUGGCGGAAACGAUCAGAUGUUGACGUCAUCAUGCCACCGCACACAAGCGGACUCUCGUGUGUCUGACUGGAGUAAAUAGGCUUUGAGCCCCUUGAGAAUUUUGUGUGGUCCUAACUUUAGUCAGACCCAGAACUCCUCGUAAACAACGUGGUUCGUGGUGCAUGGUUAAUCAGGUUUACAAUAUAUUUGGUAUAAUCCAAAGGAGGCUUCGCGUCUUGGCUCGCAUCAAAUCUAUAAAUGCUGGAGGAAUGAAACAAAACGCAAUCAGACACGCGAAACUGGCAUCGUGAACCGGAUCCGACAAUUUGUCAAUCUG